UCUCUGUGUGUUGAGGAGUCUGACUGCCUGGUGGAUGAAGCUGUUGCAGAGUCUAGUAGUGGAGGCUCGGAUGCUCCUUUAUCUUCUGCCGGACGGCAUCAGAGCGAAGAGUCUGUCUGAGGGAUGGGUGGGGCCGUCCACAAUGCUGGUGGCUUUGCGGAUGCAGCGUGUGGUGUAGAUCUCUGAGAUUCAGGUUAGAAAGACUCUGAUGAUCUUCUCAGAUGUCCUCAAUAUCCGCUGUAGGGUCUUGCGGUCUUGAGGUGUUGUGGUUCCUAAACCAGACGGUAAUGACGGUAAAUAUUGUUCAAGCCUCUGUAUGUACUGUACGUAUGCAGUUUUGACAUUAAAACUAGUAGUUUUACUGGUCAGGAGCUGACCAGGUGAGCUAGGAUUGUGUUGUUUUACCUGCUGUUCCUUUAAGAGCUCCGCGCUUGCGCGCCGUCCAGCCACGUAGCGCCACGUCUCCGCGCAUGCGCAGCAGCGUGCUGUAGGAAACAGCUCCGCAGCUGAUCAGGAGCUCGAGCAGCGGAACCACCGGAACCAGCGGGGAUUACCGAACCGAACCGGCUCUAAACCCGGUUAACCCAGCGCAGGAGGAGCGGAGCACCAGCCCACACCAUGAACUUCUUCCGCGGGGUGAUGGGGGGACAGCCCGCCGGCCCGCAGCCCUCCGGAGCCGACACCAUUCAGAAGCUGUGUGACCGCGUGGCCUCGUCUACGCUGCUGGAGGAUCGGCGGGACGCCGUCCGCGCUCUCAAAUCUCUCUCUAAGAAAUAUCGUAUGGAAGUGGGCACUCAGGCCAUGGAUCACCUGAUCCACAUUCUGCAGACUGACAGAUCGGACUCUGAGAUUCUGGGCUAUGCUUUGGACACACUGUACAACAUCAUCUGCAGUGAUGAAGAGGAGGAGCCAGAUGAUUCUGAAGAUGCUGCUCCUGUGAAGAGUAAAGGUGUAGCAGCACCUGCAGAGGACGCACAGCGGAGACAGGAGGAUGAUAUUGGAGCUCAGUUUACAGAAAAAUUCAUUCAGGAAGCCGACAACGUGACACUACUAUUAACUCUGUUGGAGGAGUUUGAUUUCCAUGUGCGCUGGCCGGGCGUGAAGCUGCUGACCGCUCUGCUGAAGUCUCAGUGUGCCCAGGUCCAGGGCAUCAUCCUCGUCAGCCCCAUGGGAGUUUCCAGACUGAUGGAUUUGCUGGCCGACUCCAGAGAGGUCAUCCGAAAUGAUGGUCUCCUGCUGCUGCAGCAGUUAACCAAAGGCAACGCUGCCAUCCAGAAGAUCGUUGCGUUUGAGAACGCAUUUGAAAGACUGCUGGACAUCAUCACAGAGGAGGGCACCAGUGACGGAGGUAUUGUGGUGGAGGACUGUUUGCUGCUGCUGCUGAACCUCCUGAAGAACAACAGCUCUAAUCAGAACUUCUUUAAGGAGGGUUCGUAUAUCCAGAGGAUGAAGCCGUGGUUCGAGGUGGGGGAUGAUAACUCGGGCUGGUCGGCUCAGAAAGUCACCAACCUGCACCUCAUGCUUCAGCUGGUGCGGGUGAUGGUAUCUCCGGUAAAUUCUCCGGGAGCGACGGCGAGCUGUCAGAAGUCCAUGUUUCAGUGUGGUUUACUGCAGCAGCUCUGUACCAUCCUGAUGGCCACUGGAGUUCCUGCUGAUAUCCUGACUGAGACGAUCAAUACAGUGUCGGAGGUGAUCCGCGGCUCACAGGUCAACCAGGAUUACUUCGCCUCCGUCAACGCUCCAUCUAACCCUCCACGGCCCGCUAUCGUGGUUCUGCUGAUGUCGAUGGUGAACGAGCGGCAGCCGUUUGUUCUGCGCUGUGCGGUUCUGUACUGCUUCCAGUGUUUCCUCUACAAGAACCAGAAGGGUCAGGGGGAGAUCGUAGCCACGCUGCUGCCCUCCACCAUCGACGCGAACUCCAUCUCGGCGGGUCAGCUACUGUGCGGCGGGCUGUUCUCGGCCGACUCUCUGUCGAACUGGUGCGCGGCGGUGGCGCUGGGCCACGCCCUGCAGGAUAACCUCACCCAGAAAGAGCAGCUGCUGCGGGUACAGCUCGCCACCAGCCUCGGAAAACCCCCCGUAUCACUGCUGCAGCAGUGCACCAACAUACUCUCACAGGGUGAUAAGAUCAGCCGGCGGGGCAGUAAAGUGCAGACCAGGGUGGGUCUCCUGAUGCUGCUGUGUACCUGGAUGAGUAACUGCCCCAUCGCCGUCACACACUUCCUGCACAACCAGGAGAACGUCCCCUUCCUGACGGCUCAGAUCUCAGAGAACCUGGGUGAGGAUGAGCGGUUGGUGCAGGGUCUGUGUGCCCUCCUGCUGGGGAUCUGCAUCUACUACAACGACAACUCACUGGAAAACUACACCAAAGAGAAGCUGAAGCAGCUGAUAGAGAAGCGUAUUGGGAAGGAGAACUUCGUGGAGAAGCUGGGCUUCAUCACCAAGCAUGAGCUGUACUCUCGCGCCGCCCAGAAACCCCAGCCUGCAUUCUCUACCCCCGAGCACAUGCUGUUCGACCACGAGUUCACCAAACUCGUCAAGGAGCUGGAAGGGGUCAUAACGAAGGCGGUGCAUAAGUCGAGUGAGGAGGACAAGAAGGAGGAGGAAGUGAAGAAGACUCUGGAGCAGCAUGACAGCAUCGUCACCCAGUAUAAAGAACUGAUCAGGGAACAGGACUCUCAGAUAAACGAGCUGAAGGAGCAGGUUUCCUUACUGAGCUCUCAGAAAGACCAGAUGCAGAGCGCCAUCACCCAGCAGCUGUCCCAGAUCCAGCAGCAUAAAGACCAGUACAACAUCCUCAAACUCAAACUAGGUAAGGACAGCGGUCAGUCGGACGGGGGUCAGCAGGUGAACGGGCUGCAGUUGGAGGAGUUGACCCUGCUGAGGGAGGAGCUGGAGGAGUUACGCAGACAGCACACACUGCUGAACACACAACUCACCGACAAGGACAAGCUCAUCUCCAGCCUGCAGAAAGCAGAGGGGGUGCAGUCGACUGAAGGAUCGGCAGCGGAAAACACAGAACUACUGAAGGAGGUGGAGUCUCUGAGGCUGCAGGUUCAGAGUCAGGCUGCUGAGAUUACUCAGCUCCAGAGAGACCGACAGGAGCUGCAGAGCAGAACCGAGACCACGGCUGCAGUGGGUGAUGGAGAUGGAGCUAAAGUAUCAGAGCUGGAGAACAGACUAUCAGCACAGAUCUCAGAAACACACAGACUACAGGAGGAGGUGCGGACUCUGACGGAGAGCAGGGCGCAGAUGGAGAAGGAGCUGGCGACCUCCACCAGCACGACGGCCAUCCUGCAGGCGGAGAAGAGCAAGCUGCAGCAGGACGUGACCGAGUCCAAGAAGGAGCAGGACGACCUGCUGAUGCUGCUCGCCGACCAGGACCAGAAGAUCCUCGCCCUCAAACAGAGGCUCAAAGACCUGGGGGAGACGAUCGAGGAUGAGGAUGAUUUGGACGCUCGGGACCAGUUUGACGAGGAUGAGGAUGAUGAAGAGGAGGAUGAUGAAGAAUAGAGAGACUGAUUUAUCCAAUUCAUAGUGGGAGGGGCAUUAAGGAGCAUUGGGACCCUCACACACUACUAAUGAGCUGUUAGAGCUGGAGGGGGCGGAGCUACAGAGGAUCGUCUGCUUUUCUCUGUUUUUUUUUUUUGUUUUCUUUUCUUUUUGUUUUUAGCGUUUGUUUUAUUUCGGCGGCGGCGUGUCUGAUUCACCCGCCUUAAUUCUACUGGACCCUUAAACGCUUCUUCUGAUUUCUUUUUCUUCAUCAUCGUCUUCAUCAGCUGCCACAGACCUGCACACCUGACGCACCUGCACACCUGACGCACCUGUGCACCUGACGCACACCACGCCCUGUUCUUAUUCGUUUGUUGCCUGAACGUUGUUUUAAGACGAGCCUGAAACUUUGUUCUGUUUGAAGGAGCAAAAGCAGAGAUGCCUGAAAAUCCUAUAAAUAUUAAAAUGAUGAAUACAUUAAAAAGA